AUUCUGCUAGAACGAGUGCCCAGUGUCUGAAGUGUCCGCAUUGGUUGGUUUCUUGUCCGCACUUUGAGAGAGAUAAGGUACGAUAAAUUCGCCAUAAUAUUGUGGCAAAGACGUACUAUAUUGUGCAACGUGAAAGAAUUAUGAUGUUUGUGAAGAAUUUUGCUUGACGUUAAUGAGAAAGUGUUAUUUUGGUUCAAUUAAGUAGGAUACAGAUACAUUCAGAUCCUUUCAGAACAGAUUUCAAAAAGAGAAAGUGAAAGAAAACACACACUGAUACGCAAUACGAAUAACAAGAAAGAAUAAAUAAAAAGAAAAGAAAAAAACACGAAAAUCAAAGAACAAACAAGCCAGAAUCAAGUGAUACAAACAAACAAACAAAACUAUCAAACCAACUAUCGAAAAAAAGGAAAAAUCGUCUUUGUUUUCAUUUUAUUUUUAAACUUUUUCAUCGACUCCUCUGUCCUUCACCAAAAUGCCUCUCCGCCACCAACCAGACACGCUACAGAAAAAUGCAAUGCGGUCAAUUGCCAUGAAUUUCGACUACAUUUGCUACCGGGCGGAGAGCAAAGCGGAGAUGGCCAAGAUGGUCAGCGACGACACGUAUCUGGAAGUGGAAGGGCCUUUUAAACAUUUGCCUCCCAUCGUCACCGCGGACCUCAUGGACAGCAUCCGCGCCCUAACUUUCAUGCGCAAAAGACACCUACACACCCUCGUUAACGAACAGCUCCUCGAGUUCAGGACAAGGGACGUUGGCGACACCAUAUUUGCCAUCGAUCUGAUCUUACAGCGUUGCAGGCGCCUCCGCCGGCUGGACGUGGCUUACCUGAGGUCAGUGGGUCCGGGAACCAUCAUGAAGCUGAUCCCGAACCUCAAACACAUCGUGGUCCUCAACCUCAGCAUGACAGAGACCAUCGAUCAGGUCCUAGAGCUCAUCGGCCUGAACUGCCCUGAGAUCCGAGAGCUGGAUAUCUCCCACACGGCGAUAUCCGAACGCGGUCUGCCCAAGCUCUGUUACGACGCCGCCAACGACCGUCCGCUCUGCCAAAAACUGACCAAGAUCUGCAUCAUGGGCUGUGUCAUUACCCCUCGGCCGGUCAGUUUCUUGCUCCAGUACAUCCCGACGCUGAGGGAGAUAGACUACGAUAAUAUAUUCCAGGUAUUCAACGUCAUGAAAGAAUGGGGCUUGACUCCGGCUAACAUCGGUACCUGUGAGAAAUUGCACCUGCGUCUUCUCACCUCAACAAACGAAGCUGUGGAUCCUGAAGAUGUUGAUACUGCAAUUGAGCUAUGCCCGUAUGCCACGAACUUCACCCUCAGCCACGCCUACGUCGACAACGACGUCCUGUACAAGGUCAUGAGGAUGGAGAAUCUCACCCACUUGAGGAUCACGAACUCGGAUGGCCUUACCCUCGACUUCCACGAAGGAGUGUUGCCCGUGCUCACCGUCAAGGGCCACCAACUGCACUCGCUCCUCCUGGUCAAUUUCACUACGGUCGAUGUGGCUGCCAUCGGCGAGUGUUGCCCGCGAUUGCAGAACUUGGCACUCAGCAACAUCGGAGUUUACGAGGAAAUCAUGUACCCAAGAGAACAAUACUUCAAUGACCUCAGAAGUCUAGAGGUCUGGUCAGCGCUCACGUCCGAAACUAUGAACUCCACGAUACUCCGUCAGCUGCUGACGUAUUGCCACCAUUUGCAGAAUCUUCUCAUCAGAGCUACGGAUGCCAUAUCAGACAAACUGCUUUACGACAUUUGGCGGGAAAACGAGAUGAAACAGCUGUCCCGCCUGACGAUCGACACCUGCCCCAACGUCACAGCCGAGGCCAUCCACCAACUGCUCGACAUGACCAACAAUCUCACGCUCAUUCGACUUUGGGGUUGCUUCUUCAUCACUAAAAACGACGAAGCCAAACUCCAGAAACGGAUUAAGGAUGAAAACUGUGAUGUUUAUCUCGAGUGGUAUUGUUGGGAAGGUUAAGUCGGGGGUUAAACAUGGCAAUUCCUCUUUUUUUUUUUAAUGAAAUGGUUGUUGUUUUUUUCACAACGGGACUGCGUGCGUAAGUGAUUAUGAUGAUUUUAUGAAUUAUGGUAUAUUAGAUUUUUUUUUUCCCAUUUCUCUUCUUUCUUCGGGAAUCAUUUUCUAAAUGUUUAAAUGCGGUUUUUCAUGGUUUGUUUACUGUGAUCGUUUUCUGUAAGCUGAAACUACUGAGAGAUUUCGUGAGUGGUUAUCAGUAUAGUUACAACAUGUAAAGCUUUUAAAUGGAAAUUAAUUGUCAUAUCAAGUUCAACCGCAUAUCAUAAGGUUGUGUUUUCUAUUUAUUUUUCUGCCGUGUUCAUAAUUGUGAUAUAUAUAUAUAUAUAUAUAUAUAUAUAUAUAUAUAUAUAUAUAUAUAUAUAUAUAUAUAUAUAUAUAUAUAUAUAUAUAUAUGUAUGUAUAUAUAUAUUUUUUUUCCCCUUCUGUUCCAUGGUUCACUUUUCAGCUCUUUUCUAUAUAUGAGUUAUAAUAUUUUCAUCUCACUUGCUUAGAAUGAGUUUACUUGAACCAUAUACCAUACAUUAUAAAAAACGUUUGUUUACCAUUGAAAGUGAAGCCGGACAAUAGAACACGAAGACUGGAGUUGGAGAUUUUUUCUGUAAACAUCGUAUACUUAAUUUCCAAUGGUAUGAAGAUCCUUGACCUUGUGAUAGUCCCCGUAACGUAUAGAAAAACGUCCACGUUAUUGGGAGUGAGAAAUUUUCUUGUUUCGAUAUUUUUUAAGAUUACAGAGCCUUAUUUUGCGUGUUAUUUUUCGAAGGGGAGGCUAAUGUAUUUUUUUUCCAAUCUGCUUGUUUGUAUAUUUUGACGAAACUAAUUUCUUACUUUUGUAGCAUUGUCAUGUCGCUUAUGGGACGAUUUUCACUGAAUUUUCUUACUUUUCUAGAACUAGUGAACUACAUGGUGUUAUCUUCACCGUGGCAAGUUGUUGGUAAUGCCAAAUAGUUAAUUUAGGAAAUGGCUUUUACUGGAGGUCUUUCCCUUCGUUUCUCUGUCUUUAGAAUGGUGUCAAAAGGCAAAUGCAAUUAAUCACGAUGCGUUGGUAGAGGUUCGGGUUACUAAGCCUUAAGGAAAUAGAUUUAACAGUUAUCAGACGACUGUUUAUUUUCUUCUUCUUUAUUUCAUUUUUUUUCCUUUUUAAAUCUGGUUUCAAGUUAAACAUAAUGCAGUAGGUUAGAUUGUAUUUACAUCAUCCUGAUACAUAGUAGUGAGAACAAGCACACACCAAAGCCAGAUUUCUAUAGAACGGUCGUUGUACAGACGUAGGUUGUAGCCAGAUGAAACUGGAUAAUCUUGCUAAGAAAAUUGCCUAUAUCUGCGAGCUAAUCUUCUGAAGAGCCUUUUUUUUUGCAAAAGCCCCUACAGUAGGUUCUAAAUAAAGAUAUCAGUAUUUGCCAAA